UUUUUUUUUUUUUUUGCGGUACGCGGGCCUCUCACUGUUGCGGCCUCUCCCGUUGCGGAGCACAGGCUCCAGACGCGCAGGCUCAGCAGCCAUGGCUCACGGGCCCAGCCGCUCCACGGCAUGUGGGAUCUUCCCAGACCGGGGCACGAACCAGCGUCCCCUGCAUCGGCAGGCGGACUCUCAACCACUGCGCCACCAGGGAAGCCCUCCAUUUUCAUUUCUUAAGGACUUUUGAGUUUGUUCCAUUUUUUUCCUCCCACUGCUGCUGCUGCUGCAGCUGAGACUGAGAAAAAUAAGAAUAUAUUCAUAAGAAUCUUUUAUGUUCCAGAACGUACUCUUCUUAAAGAUGCAUUUAUUUAUAGGAGAGACAGUGUAGUACAGUGGUUAAGUCUGUAGAUGUACAUCCUGGCUUCACUGCUGUGUGACCUCAGGCAAGUUUCUUAACCUCUCUGUGCCUCAGUUCCCCCACCUGUAACAUGAGCAUGCUAGUAGUACUGAAUUCAUAAAGUUGUUGGGAGGAUUAACUGAGUUAUGAGUUAAUACAUGUGAAAGCACCAGAGCAAUGCCUCACACAUGCCAAGCACUGGAUACAUGUUAGCAAUGAGACAUUCUUAGAGACAGAUCCUUCUUAGGGCCAUAUACAUGAAUGUGUCUUUGAUAAUGAGGAACUCUUGAGAAUUUUUUCUAAUUAAUGAGAAUCUAUAAAUGAAGACUAUAUUCCUGACAGUGCUUCCCAUUCAGGAGGGUGGAUAGCUGUAGGGAUUCUUGUUUGACCUCUCAUUUUCCCUCUCUCUCUGUCCCCAGUCUCCAGCCUCAGUAAUAGACAGCAGGAGUAGAAAAGAAACAUUCCUUCAAAUGCUUGUACAGAGUCAAAACCAGGUGAAAAGUCAACCAAAACUAAACAGUGAAGGAAUCAAGUGGAUGAGGGAUCACUGUCUCCUGGCUGCUGGGCUCCUUGCUGCCUGCACACUUCCCUUCAGGCCAAACCAGUAUGGUGCACAUUCUGGGGGAGACAACUCAGAGACAUUUAGUCCAAGGUUUCCAAGUCAAGAGUGCUCUAGGGAUUUUAUCACUCCCCUGGGGACUCCAGGCUGUUGCUUCCUUAACCUUGGAAUUUUGUGACUUUGCCCCUCCCCUGCUUCCUCUAUUCCCCUCCCUUCUCCUCCCCCUGCGCCCCACCACACUGAUUCUGAAAGUGUUUAUUAAAAUCUACUGUGAGAUCACAUGUUUCAUGGUCAUAAAUCUUAGAAUAGAAGGAAACUGACAGCCUGAUGUUAGUUCCCUUUUUACAGAAUAUCCUGACAUCCUAGGUGUUAAUAGGAACUUAGUAACAUUGUUAACCUUUUGUGAUCUCCCAUUCCUUCAAAGGAAUGGAAAUUCUCCUACCAUGAGGGUUGUCAGUUAUCACCAAGUGCCUCUGCUGCUGUUUGGGGGGCUGUGGAAUUUCCAGGAACUAAGAUAAAAACAAAGCAAAUAAACAUAUAACAAAACUAAACAAAAGAAGCACCUCUAAGAGUACAUGACUAAAGAUGGUCCAGAAUGGUUUUAGCUUCUCAAGGGAGGGCCUUACAAUCUGCUAAUCAUUUAAAUAUGUAUGUUGGAAUUUCUAAUUCACCUUAAUAUUUAAGUUUUCACUCUUAAAUGAUACAUGAUGGGCCUCUCAUAUUACCUGGUAAAAUCUCCCGAUUCUGUUAAUUGCAUCAAUAAAACUUUUAUUGUUUCCCAUCAAAUGUUUUAAAUGACUUUUUAUUAGUCUUAGAUUCAUUCAUUAAAAAAAUUAUUAUAUUCCUAAUUCUCCAUCAAAAUUCCUUUAAUGAUCACUAGUUUAUAUAUAAUGUUCAGUGUGGAAAAGCUAUGAUUAAAAGAUACUUAAGGUGUUUUUCCCUGGACCAAAGUAGCUCGGAUGAAUAUUUUUGAACCCUUGGAAAACAAAAAGGGUUGCAGAGAACCCAAUCUGAAUGUGCAGACACUUCUCAUUGGACCCACAGCUGCUCAAAUUUCAUGGAUACCUGUUACUACUACUAAUAAUGAUAUUUAAAAAAUAAUAGCUACUGACUUAAGUACCACGUGUCUGACACUAUGCUAAAAACAGUAAAGUAGAAAGCAUCUCAGUUAAUCCUCUCAGUAACCCCAUGAAAUAACAAUGCCAUCAUGAUUCUGAAGAUCAGGACACAGAGGCUUUACAAGAUUAAAUAACUUGCCAAGGUUGCAUAGACAUAACAGACAGAGCCUGGCUUCACACCCGAGUCUCUCAGAAGUCAACCUCAGAGCUAUACCUGAGUUCCUGGGAUCAUUUCAGGGCUCUUCGAGGUGCUCGCUUUUGCAACUGCGUAUCCGCGAGACCACAUCCUCUUCCUACACUUCAGUCGAAACAGCACUGCAGCAGACUGAAUGCACGAGCAUAUAUAGUCAAUUGUCAUUUUUUUUAAGCUAGACAUUAAAGAGAUUUACAAAGUUAUAAAACAGUGCAACUCUUCCCACUAAAUGUUUGUUUCAGUUUCGAAAAUAGAAUUAUUGUUGUAAAAAUAGGUUAUGUUAGCAUGUAAUGAAUUUAUUAUUUUUAAAAAUAAUUUAAUGCAUAUAUAUUUUUUAAAUUCUCACUUGUAAUUUCUAAUUUGUUAAGUAUCGAUAGACAAAACUAAUGUAAACAAAAGUUCUCAGAGAUCCUCAGUAAUUCUGUAGUACAGAGGGGUCCCAAGACCAGAACGUUUGAGUCUCUGUCUUGCACUAGACUCUUUCUGCUGGGGUUUGUGCUCUAAACUGAGCUUCCUUCUGUGCUCCUAGUCUAGGGAUUUGAUUAUUUGCCACUUUUCCCCCCUCUUUACUCAGUUUUUGGUGUUUUGGGGGUUUUUUUUGAAGAAUUUACAAUUCAUUUCUUGUCUCUCCUCCUCAGAUAGAGAGAGCCAUUUCCCUGCCCUUUAAAAUGUUUUCCUAGUGUGAUUUAAGGAGUCGUCUUUCAAAGCACUUAGAGUGAGUCUCUGAUGAGUAGAUUUGCCUGUUGCCCUCCUCCUCUUGCCGGCUUCUCUGCCACCACCAUCACCCACCCCCAGCAUCAUUCGUCCCUGUGGCGCUUCCCCAGGAAGGUCACUGCCCUGCGGUGAUGACUCUGGGUGCCCAGGCUUAUCUAUCACCACUUGCCCCACAGCACAGCUCCUUAAACCCUCAGAGCAUCUCUAUAAUGUAGAUAUGAUUAUCCGCAUGUUACAGAUGAGAAAACUAGGCUUGGAGAGAAUAAGCAGCCUGUCCAAUCUCACACAGCUAAGAAGCGACAGAGGCAGCUCCUGAACCCCUGAAGGCAGUCAGGCUUUGAAUUUCGAUAACCCGAAGUUCCGGUGGCUAAAGACGGCUGUUUCAUCAGUUCUCACGCUUCUCUGAUACACUAAACUCACAAUGCCCUCCUUCGACCACUAUUAUUUCAUUUCGAUUUCCCCCUUUCCUACGUUUAGAACACAGGGAUUUGAUCUGUUUCCUAACGUGCAGCAGUUCACAAAGCUCCUCAUGUUUUUAGUCCUUGAGAGGGAUGCCUUCGACAUCAAAGGAAUCUUUGACCUGAUGAGACGGCGUCUUUUUUUUUUUUUUUUGUGGUACGCGGGCCUCUCACUGCUGUGGCCUCUCCCGUUGCAGAGCACAGGCUCUGGACGCGCAGGCUCAGCGGCAUGGCUCACGGGCCUAGCCGCUCCGUGGCAUGUGGGAUCCUCCCGGACCGGGGCACGAACCCGUGUCCCCUGCAUUGGCAGGCGGACUCUCAACCACUGCGCCACCAGGGAAGCCCGAGAUGGCGUCUUUAAUAGUGGAGAUGCAGUGGGCAGAUUCCUGUGGAACCAGUGGUUCACAGAACUGGCCUUGGGGUCUGGCAGAGGAGGAGGGAAUCGAAUCGUGCUUGGAAGAAAAAUGAUUUGGGGCAUAAAAUGCUCUUUGUAUGGUAAUAGCCUUCACAGCUGUAAUGUCAUGAUGUCUAACACAGCUCUGAGAAAAAGUACUGCUCGGGCACUGGAUGGCCUUCGUUUUCUGAGGCUCAGGGGACGUCUGGCUCUGAUGAGAGUAACACAGGGAUCCUGCGACGUGUGGACACCUCGUUGGGACCAGCUCGCACAGAGGUCAUCUGCAAGCAGGGGACACAGGUUCGAGCCCUGGUCCAGGAGGAUCCCACAUGCUGCGGAGCAACUAAGCCACUGCAGUGAGAAGCCAGCGCGCUGCAACAAAGAGCAGCCCCCACUGACCGCAACUAGAGAAAGCCUGCGUGCAGCAACGAAGACCCAACGCAGCCAAAAAAAAAAAAAACUCUCCCUCCUUCUUGGUACCCACCCUUAAACCUUUUUAACGCACAGCCAGGGGCUAGUGGGUCCUUCUGAGAUCCCACACACUUUGUAACAAAUUAUAGCUCCAAUUCCAUUAU